AUGGGUGGUGGCAGCGAUGGUUAUCGCGCAGCACGGGACCGUGGUAACCAGUUCGUGAAGCUUGGCCAGGAGGAGGAUGCACUGGAAGCAUACGGCGAAGCUCUAUGCUUGGCGGAGACUGAGCAGCUUUGCAUUCCCCUGCUGGCCAACCGAGCACUCGCGUCACUGCGAUUGGAUCGUUUUUCAGAAGCGCUGGCCGACUGUGACAGAGUCCUGCGUUCCAACCCUGAGCAUGCCAAGGCUUUGUUCAGGCGUGGGCAAGCUUUGCUUGGGCUCGGGCGGCACGUCGAAGCUGCCAAAUGUCUGGAGGAGGUAAAGAUCUUGGAGCCUCAGAACGAAGAGGUUGCUGCAGCCUUGCGCCGCGCUCAAGCUGCUGCCACACAGAAGCGCGGGAAGUUCGAUUUCCGCCCGAUGCUUGCGGAGGCCUGCCUCCAAGAAACGUUGCGUCUGGAACACAGCCGACCUCUGAGCGAGUUCUGCAGCGAUUCGAUGGAGCUUGUGGAGUUCGACCAUGGCCUCGGCUGGCGGGCCAAGCGUGACAUCUCUGAAGGGGAGCUCUUGAUCGUGGGGAAACCGCUUAUCUUCGCCGCCUACACAGAACUUCGCCAAGGACACCAUCAGGUCCUCGUUGAGAAGGUUCUGGCAGCCGGCGCUCAGCACGAUGCUUUGUGCAAGCUCUGCGGCCCGCGCGAUGCACCACCGCCGAACACAGGCAUCCUUAACGAGGAGACAGCGCGCGAGCUGCUGCGGAGAAACUGCGUGGUCUGCCACACUGGGAUCGGAGUCUGGAAUGAGACCUCGUUUCUCAAUCAUGCGGACAAGCCGAACGCAACACGCUACUUUAUCGCUGAUUGGGUCCUGCUUCGCGCAAAGAAAGAAAUCCCUGGAGACACGGAGAUCACGAUCUCUUACAUCGAUGCCUGUGCCGACUAUUCCCUCCAGGCCUCCUGGUUGGAGAGCCUUGGGGUGCCCGACUUGGCCUUGCAAGAGCGCGCUCGACGCUGGCUCGAGAGCGACCCGGAGCUCCUGGCUCUGAAGCAGAGCCUCUCAAGCAGAUGCUUCGAAAGCUCCGGACAAGGAGGGCCGCUGCAGCAGAAGAAACGCUUGUUACAGCAGUUCCACGCUGAAGCCGGCUCCCUUUGGUGCUGGGGCCAGGUAGUGCAGUGGCUGCGGGGCGUAAAGAUCGCAGCUCAGAACUCAGGAGAGAGAGGGCUGGCCCUGGGUGCAGCUUUGGCCUGCGCUGAGCUUCUCUCGCGACACCUGGUCCACGACAUGCAGGUCCUCGAGGCAUGGGCAGACUGCGCGGCCAUGCUGAUGGACCUGCCUGAGAGCAUCUCCUCCUCGCCUGACUUCGCGCAGGUGAUGGGCCUUUGCAUCGACGAGAUGCAGGACAACGUGGAGUUCUUCUUCGGACAGACCAGCGUAGAAGACGUUGACUUCUCGACCCUGGUUCUUGAGUGGGCUACGCUGCGCUGGUUUCACUCUGCCCAGGCGGCAGCUGCAUCCACUCCGCCCCAAGUCGCGGCGGAGAACCAAAGCCCAAUGUUGGGCGAGUUAGACUAG